AUGGCGUGGAGCGGCACGGCGCGCGCGGCAUCGCGGGCGCGAUUUGCACCCUUGCCGGUAUACAUCGGGCCCCUGGACAGCGUGUCGAACCUCCGGCCGGUGGUCUAUGGUGCGGCCGAGGACCGCCGCCGGAGCGCGGCGGCAACGCACCCCUACUCCCUUUCGGAGUUUUCGGUUAAAGACACUGGACGGCCGCGUGGGCCGCUCGCACAGUACACUCAGCGCCUCGCGGCGCGCCUCGAAGCGGCACAGCUGCAGGCGCGACUGCAGACCAUGUGGCUCGACCAGUUCAACCAGCGCUUCUGGACCGACAACAACACGCGCUUCCAGCAGGCCGUCGCCGAGUACGAGCACGCGGCGGGGCUCGUCGUGGGCGAGGCGCCGCUCGAGCAGGUCGCGCCGUUCUAUCGCGCGUGGCUCGCGACAAACGCCGCGCGCCUCCGCAGCUACAACCGGACCCUGUGGCUAUCGACGGCGCGCGUGGUCACGGCACAGGCGCACUAUACCCUGCUUCGUUGGUAUGCUCGUUCGGUCGCUUCCUUGGCCGGAAUGCGAUAA